AUGGCCACAAUCAAGGCCAUAGAAAGCCGCUCUGUGCACCACAUACAGUCGGGCCAGGUCAUUGUCGACCUACAGUCUGUCUGCAAGGAGCUGGUGGAAAACAGCAUCGAUGCAGGCGCCACGGCCAUUGAGGUGCGCUUCAAGAACUACGGCCUCGACACCAUAGAAGUCCAGGAUAACGGCUCUGGCAUCUCGCCCGAAGAUUACCAAACCAUUGCCCUCAAGCACUACACCUCCAAGCUUGCCACCUACGACGACCUCACGUCACUGCAGACUUUCGGUUUCCGUGGCGAGGCAUUAUCAUCGCUAUGUGCCCUUUCCAAAUUUCACAUCAUCACAAGCCGAGCCUCAGAUGGGCCAAAGGGCACCAGACUCGACUUCGAGCAGUCGGGCAAGCUCAAGGGAACAUCGGUCGUGGCUGCUAAGCAGGGCACUACUGUCGUGGUCGACACUCUGUUCCACAAUCUACCCGUCAGGCGAAAGGAACUCGAGAAGAACAUCAAGCGCGAAUACAACAAGGUCCUACAGAUAUUGAAUGCAUAUGCGUGCAUAAGUGUUGGGGUCAAGUUUUCAGUCAGCAAUCAGAUACCCAAAGGGAAGAAAACAAUAGCCUUUGCAACCAAUGCAAAUUCCAGCACGCGGGACAACAUCUCCAAUGUGUAUGGUGCAAAAACAGUGACCGCUCUCAUACCCCUCAACCUCGAGUUCAUCAUGGACCCCUCCAAUAGGCCGGGCGCCACACAAAGCAUCAAGGUCUCGGACGCACAAGAAGACAUAGCAUCGCGGACUGUCAAGAUAGUAGGUCACAUAUCCCGUCCAGUCGUGGGCGAGGGUCGUCAGACGCCAGACAGACAAAUGUUCUUUGUAAACUCGCGGCCCUGCAACCUGCCUCAGGUUUCCAAAGCAUUCAACGAAGUCUACAAAUCCUACAACAUCACACAGUCUCCUUUUGUCUUUGCUGACAUCAAACUUGACACAAACGCCUACGACGUCAAUGUAAGCCCAGAUAAACGCACAAUCAUGCUCCACGACCAAGCUGUGCUCCUGGAGAAUAUCAAAGACUCAUUACUUGAGUUGUUCCAAGGACAUGAACAAAGUGUGCCUCAGUCCCAGCUGCUAAAAAAUAAAAUACCGACAUCUGCCUUUAAACCUCCUACGAUCCAACCUCGUGAAAGCACCAAGUCUGUACAAGAAAGCGACCAGAGCGAUUCAGAAGACUCGGAUGGCGAUGGGGUGGUGAUACAAGAGAGCUCUAAAAGAGUUCCGACGCGCGACAUACCUGAUGUGGUUAACCGUCCCGGAUUUGUGAAAGCGAGCCUUCUCGAACGAUUCCCUGGCCACGACUCUGAAGACCACACGACUCGUCCACCACAUAGCCUUGCAAGAGACAGUUCGCUGCAUAAUGAUGAGGGCCAUCCAUUCGAGGCGGCUCGUCCACGAUCACAAUCUCCAUUAUUUGAACCCGAGGUAAACGCAGAUAAUGAUGCUGCUGCUGAGCACCCGCAGCUCCCCAAGGCCAUUCAAGAUUUCAAUGCACGUGUGGCGUCUCAGAACCCUCGCUCGGUGGGACUAACACGCCUAUCAGUGUCUGCUGAACCUGAUCAACAAGGCGAAGGUGCAGAACAGCCAGUCCCAGCGAUAAAGCAAACUCCCCAGAAGCCGUUAUCGCAAAGUACCAUUCAGAAUGCUUUUGAUCGUAUGCGCCCCAUGCGAACACCGGUUCAGCAAGCCACAAUAACUGUUGGAGAUACUACAACUGUCUCUACAAUUGGUACUGGUAGCCAUUCGGUAGCUUCACGGCGAUCGAGGAUACACAUUCCCAAGUCUUCUUCUACCAAGUCAUUAGAUCAGACGCCAAAUAAAAGCUUGCUCAAGAAGGGCUUGGGCGGGUUCGCCGCACCAGGCACACAAUUGAAGAGCAGUGACGAGGAUGCGGAUGAGGAUGAAGACGAAGACGACGAGGGUGAGGGUCACAAUAACACGACCCAUAUGCCAAUACGCUCUCCCUCUCCUGUCAAACGCUUACUAUCUAGAGUACUUGAGGGGCCACAUAUCAACAACCCGACUGCCUUAUCCCGUGCUUCUACAGAUCGCUCAUUGUCGAUCUCUGACGGACCCUCGGAUACUGAGCCUGUUGGUGUUGUUGAAAAAGAACCAGGGGCAGCUGGCGGAGAUUCGGACGAUGAGUAUGAAGAUGAUACCGAGAAGAAGGCCAGAGAGGAAGCCAGGUUUACUAAGCUAAUUGUGGAGGCUGAAGAGACUGCGGCUCAGCCCAGUGAGAUGAGCCUGAAGCGUGCCGACAAGCUCUUUACGGGUACACAAAAGAAGUACUGGACUAUCAACCUGAGACGCGUCAUCAAGACCAAUAUCGAAUCGAUUGCCCGCCAUGCACAGCACAUUCAACCCUCUAUCGAUGCGUCUCGAGCAGAAGUUGAUCAAACGGCAAUACUGUCUACUGAUGCCCAGUCAAACGGAGAAGAGGCAGAAGAACGCCUCAGUCUAACAGUAACAAAAGCUGACUUUGGAAAAAUGCGCAUCAUCGGUCAAUUCAACCUAGGCUUCAUCAUAGCCGUGCGACCCCCAACCUCAACAUCGCCAAACUCUCACCUCUUCAUCAUCGACCAGCAUGCCAGCGACGAAAAAUACAACUUUGAACGCCUCUCCGCAACCACCAAACUCGUCUCCCAGCGUCUCGUGCACCCCCACCCCCUCGAACUAACCGCCGUAGAAGAAGAAAUCAUCCUCGCAAAUCAAUCCACCCUAGCCGCCAACGGCUUCGUCGUCGAGCUCAACCCUACAUCCGACACCGAACCCCAGCCCGGCACCCGCGCAAGCCUCACCUCCCUCCCCAUGUCCAAAGAAGUAACCUUCACCCCGUCCGACCUCGAAGAGCUCCUCUCUCUCAUCCUCGACAAUCCCCCUUCCUCCUCCACUUCCUCAUCCUCAGCAUACAUCUUGCGUCCCUCCAAAGUCCGCAAGUUACUCGCUAGCCGCGCGUGCAGGAGCUCGGUUAUGAUUGGCAAGACGCUCAAGACGCAGCGUAUGCGUGAGAUUGUGAGACAUAUGGGGGGUAUGGAUAAACCGUGGUCGUGUCCGCAUGGACGGCCGACGAUGCGGCAUUUGUUGGAUUUGGAGAAGUGGGUGGGGUGGAGGGAGGGGGAGGGGGUUGUGGGGGUUGAGGUCAAAGGAGAGAAGACGGAUUGGGGGGAGUAUUUGAGCAAGAGUAGGGGGUGA